AUGGUGCUCCUCGCUGCGUCCAUCUCGACCCGCGGCGGUAAGCCCGUCAUCUCGCGGCAGUUCCGCGACAUGCCGCGCUCGCGCAUCGAAGGGCUGCUCGCCUCGUUCCCCAAGCUCAUCAGCGCCGGCUCGCAGCACACGUCCGUCGAGACGGACGCGGUGCGCUUCGUCUACCAGCCCCUCGAGGACCUCUACAUGAUCCUCAUCACGAACAAGAAUUCCAACAUCCUCCAGGAUAUCGAUACGCUCCACCUCUUUGCCCGCACCGUCUCGGACCUCUGCCGGUCCCUCGACGAGGCCACCGUCCUCGCCAACGCCUUUGAGCUCCUCGGCGCCUUUGACGAGAUCGUCAGCCUCGGCUACCGCGAAAACGUCAACCUCACCCAGAUCAGGAGCAUCCUCGAGAUGGAGAGCCACGAGGAAAAGAUCCAGGAGAUCAUCGAAAAGAACAAGGAGAUGGAGGCCAAGGAGGAGCUCAAGAGGCGAGCAAAGCAGCUCGAGAUGCAGCGCCGCGACGCCGCCCGUCGCGGCCAGGGCGGCGGUGGGUUCGGAGGCAUGUCUGGCGGCUACAGCGCCGUGCCCAAGUCGUUUGAGCCGCCGCCGACGCAGGCCCCCGUCCAAACGGGCUUUGGCGGUGCCGCUGCGUCGAGCACGCCGGCGGCCAAGCCGUUCAAGGGCAAGGGAAUGCAGCUCGGCAAGAAGACCAAGGGCACCGACCUGCUCGGUGCCAUGGGCAGCGAGCUGGCGCCGACGGCCGACGAGCAGCCCCUUCUCGCUCAGACAAAUGCUGCCGCCGCCUCCGCCGCCGCCGCCGCCGCCGCCGCUCCCAUCGCCGCAAAGGCGCCCACAUCUGCGCCGACGGCCAUUGACCCGCUCGACCUGCUGGAGCCGGUGGCAGAAGAGAGCGUCCACGUCACGGUGCGGGAAAAGAUCUCGGUCACGGGGAAUCGCGAUGGCGGGCUCGACUCGCUCGAGAUCAAGGGCGACAUGGUGCUGCGGAUCACGGAUGCGUCGCUGGCCAAGCUGCGCGUUGCGCUGGGCCCGGCGAGCGACUCUGUGCUGCAGAGCGGGGGCGAGAUCCAGUUCAAGACGAACCCGCAGGUGGACAAGGCGGCGUGGACGACGGAGCGGGUGAUUGCGCCCAAGGACGCGCGCCGGCCGUUCCCCGUCAACCAGAACCUGGGCCUGCUGCGGUGGCGCGUCGUGACGCGCGACGAGACGGUGGUGCCGCUGUCGAUCAACUGCUGGCCCUCGCCCAACGGCCAGGGCGGGUGCGACGUGAGCAUCGAGUACGAGCUGGAAAACGACGAGCUCGACGAGCUGCGCCACGUCGUCAUCUCGAUUCCCUUGCCCGACGACGCCUUCCCCUCGGUGGGCGAGUGCGCCGAGGGCACCUGGGCCGUCAACGAGGCCACCAACGCCCUCGAGUGGAGCCUCGACUCGAUCUCGUCGGCCGACAACAAGAGCGGAAGCCUCGAGUUUAGCGUGUCGAGCGGCGCCGACGACGUCGACGUCUUUUUCCCCGUCCGCGUCGACUUUGUCUGCCAGAGGACGCUGUGCCAGGUCCAGGUCGCCAGCGCCACCCUGUCCGAGACGGGCGCCGCGACGCCCUUUUCGCAGCAGAGCGUCCUCAGCGCCGACAACUACAUUGUCGCCUAG